UCCAAGCGAUGACUGCACCGGUGAGCGGCGUCGACGCCCAGCAGGUCCUGUCCAACGCUCAGCCACCACACUCGCAGCAACCGGGGAGCGCUCGCAAGUCCGAGCCGGUCGUCGCCUCCGCGAUAUCGGGGGUGCGACGGCGUGGGGUGCAAAAUCAAGGUCUUCGCUCACCCGCGGCGAAGCGACCCGUCUCGGCGCCCGUCGCCUUACAAGGAUGGCUUCACAAGCAGGGCUCCGAAGGCCUGAUGCUGUGGAAGAAACGAUGGUUCGUUCUCUCCGAGUACUGCCUCUUUUACUAUAAAGGUCCCGAGGAGGAAAAGCUUCUGGGAUCGAUUCUGCUUCCGUCCUAUCGAGUUACGGUAUGCAGGCCCGAGGACAAGAUCAACAAGAGAUUCGCCUUCAAGGCCGAGCACGCAAACAUGAGGACGUACCACUUCGCCGCAGACACGCUCGAGAGCAUGAAUCAGUGGGUGAACGUCUUGACUCUAGCCACGCUACUCCAGGAUCCUAAUCCUGGCGGAGGAAACGUAACUACUCCGGUUGGAGGCGACGGAGCCGCACCCGCCCUGGACGACGGUGGCGAUCGAAGCGCUCGACCCAGCGUCUCGUCCAUCUCGUCGAUAGCCAAUCAAAGCGCCGACGAUAGCGACUCGGGCUUCCACGGCUUUCAGUCGCGCGACGAUCCGAGCCACGCGUCUAACAACAACUCCAGUCCCAACAGCGUGAAUACCGGCUCGUUUCCCGGCAGCAGCGGCAGCAACAACAACGCCCAGCUGCCCAACAAUCCCAACGUUUACAACAAUAACGCGAGUCUUCACGAGAACGCAAAACAACAGCAGCAUCAGCCGAUGGCCAAUGGCUGGAUGCAGCAGCAGCAACAACAAUCGUCCCAGUACAGGCAUCAUCCCGACCUGGUGAGCCAGAGCCCUUACGUCAUUCAGCAGCAGCCCCAUCAGCAUCAGCAGGCUGGCAUGUACCUGCAGCAGCAACAACAGCAGCCACCACCGCCGCAGCACAGUCGUCAAUCGGUUCAAAAUAUGCAGCCGAUGCCUCGCAAUUACGGCCAACCGGUUUACGCGAACGCACCACCGAAGCCCCGACGAUUGGCCGAGAAUUCCAACGAAUUCGGCACACCGUCGCCCGACCUCGAUUAUCGUCAAUCGCCGGUCUCGCCCGACGCCAGGUACGGCGGCAGCGGCAGCAAGCAGACUUCCAUGUCGGCGUCGUCGUCGCUCGUCGAUUACAACGACCCCAGAAGCAGUGCCAUCUACGCCCAACGCAUGGCUCCGCCACAGCCCAGCAUGUCCUUGAGAACCGACAAGUCCGGUUUGAAUUACGGCAUGAGCGCUCAGCAGCAAGGCCAGAAAACGCCGGAUCUGUAUGCGCGCGCCGCUGCCAAGUCGAGGCCCGCGAUGCCUAGACUCGCCAACGGCACCGAUUACGAGGACGUUUACGGGGCGACGCCACCCCAGUUGUAUCAGAGACCAGCUGGCCCGGUUGGCUACACGAAGGGCCCGGCCCCGGCGCCUAUUUCUAUUCCCGUGCAUAAUCAGCAGCAGCAGCAGCAGCAGCAGCAGUCGCAACCGCAGCCGCAACCGGUGCAGCCACAGUACUACGUUGUUGCCGGAUCCUUGACCAAUGCGCCUGUGAUACGGCAGCAACCGCCACCACCGGAGCCGAAGCCUCAACCGCCGAGACCCCACAGCGCUGAUUUUCUCGAAUACGAAACGAAUCGCAAGCCGUCCCAGCAAACGCCGGCCCAACCAGUCACUCGGGUCCGAUACCCACAGAGACCAAAGUCCAGCCUCGACGUAAUCAAUCCGUCGGACGUACCUACUGUCAACGACAAUUACUUCUAUUCAGAGGAGAGGUACGCAGCUCAGAUGCGUCAAACCGGGGCGGUGUACUUGCAGCAUCAGUCUCCGGCGGCGUCGGCCUCGCAGUCAGUCACGGUCGACGGCAGUGCUCCUCUGCAGCGAGAUCAGCAGUCUUCGAGGAAUCAGUCGCUGUCUCGAGCCACGACCCCGUCGAAAUCGUCGACGUCGCGCGACACCGAGUCGGGCAUCGGCACUCUAUCGGACAUGUCGUAUCCGACCACGUCGAGCGUGAGGCGAGCUCAACGCGAUCAUCAUCAGCAGUCGCUUCAACGACACAACGACCGUUACAGCGAGUCGGCGGCUCACACGAGGCGCUCGCUGCGCGAAACUUCCUCGCGGUCGUCGUCCUUGCACCAGCAGCGCCUGGAUCUGUUGCCGUCGCCAUCUUCGAGUCGCUCAGCCAAUCACACGCCGCAGCAGCAGCAGGGCAGCAGACGCUGGAGCGAGCAGCAACAGCAGCAGUUCGCGCGCUCGGCUAGUGCGAGACUGCCUCGCAAUCGACAUCCCGCCGCGAUAAUCGAUUACGACGACAAUGACGACGACGACGAGUACGACGAUUACAUCGAUAAGAGCAUGAAUCUGGAAGCGUCGAGCAACGGAGAGCGCAAAAUGCAACAGCGCGAAGAGUCGAUGAAAAGACUUCUCGAAUGGAAGCAGCGCAUGCUCCAGUCGCCCUUGACGCGAAAACCUCAUCACUCGAGCAGCGGUGGCAGCAAUCAGCCUCGCACGCCUCAGCACAGCACCGAUCUGGCCAAUUGCUACAAGCAGCAGGCCCUCAUGGAGCUGGCAGCUCACGAGGCCAGUCUUCAGCAGCAGAGGCAGCAUCGCCGUGGACGCGGCGAUGAGGCGCAUCAUCGGCCGCAUUAUCCGCGCAGCAAGAGCACCGACGCUCGGCGCAGCAACGCGGCCAGUGUCUUGGGCAUGCACGCCGCCCUGCCCAGAUACAACAGUUACAGCAGCGACGAUGAAGCAUCGGGUUCGGGCUCGGUAAUCGGACGGGAUCCGCUGCCACCGAGGGCCGUCAGCACAUCGCAAUUAGCAAACCAAAGACAAUCACCGGCGCUAGCCACAACGAAAAACAACAAUUUGAACAACGUCUCGCAACAACAGCAGCAGCAGACGUCAGCCACGUUGCCGCAUCAACGCUCACUAGUGAACAACACGAGUAUGCUAAAUGGCAUCCAGCAUCACAGCACGCCUCUAAAUCAUCAUAAUCAGCAACAGCAGCAGCAACAACAACAAAAGCAGCAACAGCUUCAUCAUCAUCAGCAACAGCAGCAUCAAGUGCAGUACCAAAAUCUCACGCCGAUUCACAAGCAACCGAGCAGCUCGCAGUCGACCGCGAUGCUGUCGAUGCUGGGACACGAUCAUGAUCGGCAGCUUAACGGCGCGAACGGCGGUAGCAAUUACGCCAAUCAUAUACUGAGAGCAGCGAGCAGCGGAGACGUCAGAACAUACAGCAACGAGUAUCAUCGCGACCCAAGAAUAGCAUCGCCUUGUUCUGCGCAGCGUCUCGUCAGUCCGACGAGCCACUUGAGAGUCAUCUCGCCGAUAGACCCUCGCAUAUCCAGCCCGAGCGAUAGCGAGCGCCUAACGCACAGCAUCAGCGACCGUGGCAUGUCCAGCCCAUUGGCCAGGGAUCCCGAACGUGGCAGUAAUCCAACGCUCAGGCAAAUGCAGCGCGGCGUUGGCCAUCGCCAGUCCAACGACCUUCUGCACAAGAGAAGCCAAUCGUCGAGCCGCAUACGCGACAGCAGCAGUCGCAUCUCGGGCGGCCUCGUCCAGGUAUCGGCCGGUGAACUGCUCGGCCGUACCCACGAGGAGCUUGUGCUCCUGCUGAUCCAGCUACGACGCCAGAGCGCCACGCUCUGCAAGGCAAUGGAAACAUGCCAUAUGGAGAUCGAGGCUCAGGCUAGACUCGUGGAAUUGGAUACACCGCGACGAUUGGAGAAUCUGCAAAAGUUGGAUGAACUGAAGAAGCACUUGAUGGAUCUUGAGAAACAGUACGAGAAGGGCAAGCCACUGGUGAAUUUGGUCGACAACAUGGUGAAACUCGGCUCGCUGUACAACUGCAAUCGGCUGAACGGCGCGGCCAGCACGACGAGUCUCGGUGGCUCGCGCUACGAUCUCGGACACCAAUCGGACGGUGCCAGGGAUCACAGAGACCGAUUGGAGUUCAAUCAGCGCGUCCAGGAGCAGAGGCUACUGGCCGAGGAGAGGAGGGACUGGGAUCGACUGAGUCCCGAUCACGGACAACUUCAGGCUGUAAACUCGCUCUCUCAAGGAAAUCUGUAUCAAAGCCGAGGCAACAUACUGUAUCCUGGAGUUAAGAGGGAGUUUUUCCUCAAGAUCGCUCCGAAGGCCAAAGUUCAGCAGCUCUACAAGUUGGAUCAAUUACUGCAAGAGGAGUCCGGCACCCUGCACAGUCUCCAACAAAAUAAGGAGCUGCUCGAGAAGGCACUGGGAGGCUUGAGGCAUAAAAUGCAGGGCCGCAACAAUAAUCCAGCUGAGGUCGAGCGCUACCGCGAGCAGCAGAUGCUGCUCGAACGCGAGCUCAGCCGCGUCAGGCUCUUGCUGGCUCACAAUUCCAAGACAAAGAAGCCCGUUUUUUUCCAGAAACUGGAGGAGACCGUGGCGGAGAACGCGCGCCUCGAGCAAGAUCUCGUGGUGCUGCGCCAGAAGCUGCAGGCCUCACGACGCUACCAGGACCAGGUGCCGUCGCGCGACUCCACGGCUAAUACGACGCAGGCCCUCGAGAAGGAGCUGCGCCGGGUGCAGCAGCUCGUCGGCGAUCUGCAGCGCCAGCGCCAGGAGCUCAGCGUGCAGGUGCGCCAACUGACCGAGAAGAGCCACAGUCUCGUGCAGCAGAUUCGACCGCAAUCCAACACGUCGUCGUCGACGGCACAAGUUCACCAAGCGAAGAAACGCACGCCCAAUACUUGGCUCGAGACCGACCUGGACUCGGGCGUGACUCAGGAGCACGGCCAUCAUCGCGACUUACCGACCAGUCCAGCUUCCUCGACUUCGACUCAGAACUCCUCCUCGACGUUCCACUCGUCGAGCAAGCAAAACGGCCACGGGCCCUAUCGUCCGAAUCUGAACUCGCCGCAGUACGCGAGCAGCAACCAAACUCGCUCGCCGGUCUCCACCUCGUCGACGUCGUCGUCCUCGCAGUACGGCACUCGUCAGGUGCCCGGACAAUCGCAACAGCAGCAGCAACAACAGCAGCAACAGCAACAACCACCGACCUUGUCGCCUCAUCUGCGCGAACAGAUUCAGCAGCAUCAGCUCAAGCAGCAGAUGCUCAAGGAUCAAAUGCAGGGCAAGGCCUCGUCGAGUCCAGUGCCUUUGUACGCCAACGCCAUGGUACCCGAUCCAAGAAGACAAAUGACAGAUAGUCUCAAGCAUUACGAACACAUGACUAACGGCGGUCUUAUGCUAUCACCACCCGAGUAUGUGCCACCACCACCCCCAGCAAUACCCGACCCCGAGACUAUGAUGAUGAACGGAAGUUGCUACGGCCAAGACGAUAACAAAUUUUCCGGCCUGCUUCACAAUCGCGAAAAACCAGAAAUCAAAACGGUGCGCAUAGUAAAACGCGAGUCCGAAAGACGUCAAAGAGAUCGAGGCGAUAGAAGCGGUAAUCUUGGCAUUCCAUUAACAAAUGGACUUCAGGCGCCAGGAGGUGCAAAGCGAUUCAGCGACGACGAUUACGGUGGUUCUCAAAACUUCGAGAGCCAACUUGAUCGCGUGCUGGAAGAAAGCCCGAUGCUACACGCUCAAAGCAACUCGCAACUGUCUGACCUCGACGAGAUGCAAUUCCAGCGCAGCAUGUCACUGCCCAGAGGAUUCGGCGGUAAAACGACACCGCAGCAGCAUGUUCAACCUGGUCCAGUGCCGACACCUCCUCGAAGCGACAGUAUGGCCGCUUUGAGGAACAUGAUCGCUCGUCGCCAGCGAAUCAAGCUCGAGAUGAGUCAAGACUCGGACAGCACAUACGCCACGGACUGCAGCGCGAGCUACGUCUCGUCGCCCAUCAACGGCAACUACGCCGGCUGCUCGAGCAAUUACUCGACGAGUCCGGCUUACAGUCCUCCGUACUCGAUGCAGAGUCCGGAGCCACCACCGGUGCCGGCGCCUCCACCGGUGUCCUCGCUAAUUGCCGCCAAGGUAGCCGGUAAUGGACAGGAAGUGCCAGCAUCGGUGCCUGCAGCUGCUGCUGCUGCUGCUGCUCCUGCUCCGGGCAGCGGGUCGACGAUUUUCAAAAGCGAAGCUGCCAAGCAGAUAAUCAAGGAGAUGAGCGACAAGAAGCCCGAGAGCAGCAGCAACGACGGCCCUGUGAAAUUGAGAAAGAGACAGGUGCCAAGAGAGAAGAGGAGGCAUUAUACGGUUUCCAGCAGCCAGCCAAAUAUCGAUCUAGAAGAUGCUUUCGCGAAGAUGGGCAUGGGACGAGCUCGCGAUGAUCUCGAUAUGGAGAGAGCUUUGCGGCCAAGAAUUAAUGCUCCCGACGUCGUUAGAUCGACGUUGAGUCACAAGGAACUCAAGUACAACGAGAGCACAAUCGAUAGCCUUUUGGGUGCGCCGAAUAAGAUCUUCAUACCGGAGCGAUACGUACCCGAAAAGACUCCGGAGCUGUCGGCCGAAGAGAAGGAACAAAGGUUGAAAAAAGCCGAAUCCAUUAGGAAAAUGCUGUCGGAAACUACGGUCACCUCUGCCGAUGGAGCUGACGACGAAGAUAUCGAGAAAUCCGAAACGCUGAAGAAAAAAGUUGCUGAGGAGAAACGCCAAAGAAAUCAUAUUCUCCAAUUGAAUCAAAUUUUAGCCAAGCAAGUUAUGGAGAAAAGCAAGAUGGUUGCGGCCAAUGCUCGAUCUGACGUCUCCUCAUUUGACGAUGAAUCCACCAUUGAUGAUUCGGAUGACUUAUCACCAUCUACACCUAUGCCACUGUAUCAGCAACGCGACAAUUACUACUCCUGAAGCCAAGACGACAUCAAUGAGCUUUCUUCGACGACCGUCGUUUGAAGCGUCGCUCGGUGCAUCGAAGAGGGAUCUCAUUGAUGUUCAUCGGAUCUUGAAAUUCGAAAAUAAACAAUCACUUUCACACGUGCAAUAAACAUAAAUUAUGAAAAACUAUUGUGCGGAGAAACGUGAUGGUGGACGAAUAUUCAACGAUUUUUCAUGUACAUUAUGUUAUUUUAUGGUGUAAGUUGUACCGUUAAUUAUACUGUAUAUAAUAGUAAUAAUUUUUGUUAUCUUCGUAAAUUCGUAAUUCUUCACAAAAUAAAAAAAGUCGAAAUUCCGAUUUCAUUUUAUAAAAGUCUGAUUUUUAUCAGCACUCAAAAAUGAUGAUCCGUAUUGAAGUCUUUUAAUCGACAAAAAACUUGUGAGUCUGGACGAUAAAAUAUUUGUACAAUUUUUAUUAAAUCGAUGAGUGCCAAAUAUUUGAAAAAAGUUUUGCUACCAAAAUUAUCAAAUUUUUUAUUGCUAUUGAAUACAAUUUGUGAAGAAUAAGUCAUACAAUUUUAUAAAGUAAACUUUUUAAGUUGUCAUAAGCUAUUACCUUUGAGUAAAUACUCAUCGAGUACCAAUAACUUCGGUACAGCUUUAAAGAUACGUAAAGCUCAUGUAUGUCAAAAUGUCUUAAUUAUAGUUACAUAAAAUGUAUUAUAACAAUUUCGAGCGUGGAAAGUAAUUACGUCGGCUGUAAUUACUCGUGAUUUGUGUAAAGAACUCUUGAGUGGUGUGAAAGAUGAAUGAAAAAUUCAGGGUAUGAAUAGCAAUCUUCUUAAUUUUUAACCCGAUUUUAAAAAACUUUUAAUGUAAAGAGUAAUUAGAAAAAAAUAUUAACCAUAUACUUUAUGUUUUUCAAAUUUUUAUGAAUGCACACUUGUCGUAGACAAUAAACUAGUAUCAAACAUUCAUUGAUACAGCACGAGGUUUUCUAAAAUUUUCUAAAAAUACUCUUUAUUAAUAAAAUUUGUUUUAAAUUUCUCAAGUAUUUCUAUGAAAAUUCUUUUGUAUAUUGUAAAUACCACCAUGUAUCAAGUAUGAGUGAUUCUUAUGUUUGAUAGAUAAUUUAAGAAUCUUAAUAUUAUCUACGUUUCCACAAAUGUACCUUUAAGAUGAUCGUAGUGAAAAUUUUAUAAAGAAACAUUUUUUAUGAUAUAACAAAACGCACGUAACGUCAAUAUUUUUAACUCUGCAACCGUUUCCGAUGAUGAUUAUCGUUAAAACAACAGGUUGUUGAUUUUUUCCACUUUAUCGACACCUUAUUAAAAAAAAACGCGCGUGUCGUUAAUGAGACAGAAUACUGUAAAUUUUGUAUUAAACAAAUUGCGUGAUCGAUGACAUAUAUAUAUGCAUGCUAAAGAUAAUAUAAUCAUAAUAAUCGAUAAUCGUUUAAUAUAGCACUCUGAAAGAAAAGUAUUUGGUAGAAACAUAUAUUAGUACUCUAAAAAUUAUAGAGACCACUUUUACGUAAGAGAAUAAUAUGGGGAAUAUUGAAGAUUAUUCAUUAGUCGUAGUCACUUUUUAAAUAAUUGUUAUUUGAAUAAAAUCAUCAUAAAUAUAACAUUGUAUCUACUGAUCUAUUUGUGGACUCAUCUCGCGGAUUAACCCCAUCUUAGAUAAGUAAAUAAAGUAACAAAAAAAGAACUGAUAUUUUUCAAUACCGUAAUCAAUAUUUUUUUUAUUUAGAAAUAAUUUACGUUAUGACAAAUGAACAGAUAAGAAAGAUCAAGAU